AUGAUUUCCAGCUACAGAAUAGGCGCUAGACGCUUAAUAGCCAACAAGCAAAUGGUUCGCUUUUCCAGCACUGGCUUAACAAAACCUGAAUUAAAACAAAACCCUAUUACUGAACAAGCGCCAAACAGAAAAACAACUUGGUCCCAAUCCCAAGAAGCCAGAUCGGAAGUUAUUGCCAGACAUCCAGCCAGAUUUGUUCAAAGAGAUUUGGACGUACAACCAAGACCAUAUGCAGCUAUAGAUUUAAUUGCCAAGGAACCAGUUAGAUACCUUUCUCAUGAAGAUGGGAAUAUUGCAGUCUGUGAUGGUAACAAGGGUGACAAUUUACAAGGACAUCCUAAGAUUUUCAUCAACUUGGACCAACCUAAGGCCAACACAUGCGGUUACUGUGGUUUAAGAUACGCCAAAGAAGAAUUCAGAGAAAUUAUUGAAUCAAAGGCUGACAUUUAA